UUAAAUAGAUUUAAAAACAUGCCUACCAACGGUGAGAAAGUGUUCCAGGAAGGUCAAACUUAUCUCAAGUCAGUCAAAAACAACAAGGGAAUCAACCUCUACGAGCAUAUAUCCACAGUAUUGACAAAAAUUUUGGAAGAGAGACCUGCUCAUGUCGUAGAUAUCUUCGAAGACCUGAGUCUAAAUGUAAAGGAGUUGAAGUUAGCUCCGUAUUCACAGGAACCAGAAGAAUUAUGGCUUACUCAGGCCAAACUAUCAGAAGAACUGAAACCGCUGUUCACUGGCGGCGAAGACGAAGAUGGCGGCGCCAUGGAGAUCACAGAAGAGGAAAUGGGGAGCCCCCUUCCGAAUGUGAUGGAAAACGCCUACAUGUUCGAACAGGCGGGAGUGGGACUUAGCAGAGAGGAGUACUUUCUCAUGAGUCUGGCUCUGAAACACUUGAUUGAGACACACCCUCUGCAGAAGUGUCGGUUCUGGGGGAAAAUUUUGGGUGUCGAGAAAAAUUACUACAUAGCAGAAGUGGAGUACAGAGAAGGGGAGGAAGAAGAGGAGGAGGAAGAGGUUCAAGAAGAAGCCGAAAAAGAGGAAGAAGAGAAAGACGAUGACAAUCUCGACGGUGAAGAAGAAGACGUGUUGCCUAAGAAUGACUGGAAAUCCUCUCCCCCAGUGCCCAAAGAAGACAAGGGCACAGGUGCAAACAAGUACACCUACUUCGUCACUAACAACCCCGGUCAGCCCUGGAGCAAACUCCCGACUGUCACUCCGGCUCAGAUCUUCAACGCCAGGAAGAUCAAGAAGUACUUCACCGGACACCUCGACCGCCCGAUUGUGAGCUACCCGCCCUUCGCCGGCACCGAGGCGAACUACCUGCGAGCCCAAAUCUCAAGGAUAUCGGCCGGAACCCAGGUAUCUCCGAUCAAUUUUUACACCUUCGAUGAAGAAGAAGAAGCCGAAGAAGAUGACGGUGCCAAAGAUCACUAUGUCGAAAAUGCCGAGUACGAACCGAUGCCGAUUAAAGAACUCUCGGAUCCCCGAGGUACGAACUGGACACACCACGUUCAGUUCAUUCUCCCCCAAGGACGAUGCUCGUUCGUUAAUCCGAACCAGAAAUCCGAGGAGGAUUUUGAAGACGAAGAGGAGGAAGAGGAAAAAGAAGAAAUGGACGAGUUAGAACCCGAAACUGGACCGUCGCUUCUGACUCCGAUUUCGGAUGACGCCAUUAUUGAUGAACUUCCGCCUUGGACCAUCAAGUGUGCUUCGGAACGAGUUCCGUUUUUCUCAGUAGUUUUUGUGAGAUCCAAUCUUUGGCCUGGAGCAUUUGCCUUUGGACAAGAUCGCAAGUUCGAGAAUAUUUACAUCGGAUUCGGACACAAGUACACGGCUGAGAACUACACUCCGCCUCAGGCACCGCCGGCGUUUAGUGAGUACGCCGCGGGCGCUGAGGUUGAGGAGAUGGACGACCCGACGGCGGAGGAAGAGGCGGCAGCUAAGGCGGCGGCCGCUGGCGAGGAGGGAGGGGAGGAAGAGGGUGUUGAAGAGGAAGAAGAUGAAGAGGAUGACUAAUUAAAAAGUGUGAACUAAUUUUAGUCUCGCUCUUCAAGGUCACUAUAUCAGACUUUGUUCUAUAGUUAAUGCCAAACUUAUAACUUCGGCACUUUGAAUUCAUCUCCUAUGGCAACUAAAAAAAAAUACAAUACUGCUAGCCAACGAAAUUUUUUGCCAAGGGAAGUAAAAACUUAGAAUUUUUCUGAAGUUUGGCAUUAAUUGUAGCUCCUCGAUGCUAUGUAUUCUUUUCGAUGAGAGCUUGUUUGUAGACGUAUGGUUUGAGCAGCUCAUCAGAUAUCGUCUGUUUUAUUAGUACUCAACUCUCAGCAUAGCUCCAAGUUGAAUUAGUUCUCUAUAAAAUCUAGAAAACAUAUCAUUCGACAAUUUAUAGACCAAAUUGAUUCUUUUUCUUA